CACAAGUCUGAAUAAAUGAUGUCGUUUAAUUUUUACAUCUUCAUCAAAAUCGACUUUUUUUUUUUUAUUAUUAUUACCUGGCAGGCCAAUGUGAAUAAAACGUCACGGCUAUGUGGGUGGCGGUUUUCCGAGUCGGGCUUUGAAGAAAAUACUCCAAAAACAGACACACAUAUUUCUCAAUAGAAUCUUUGCUCCGUAUCAAAUAUAAAAUACACUUGAAUAUUGAUUUCCCAUAACUUCAAUGAGUUACUUUGCUUUACACAGUGAAGAGUGUGAGCCCAGCAGCCACGAGUCUGCUACUGUCAAGACCAUGAUCAAAUCACCUGCAAGAGCUCAAGGCGUGAGUCCAAAAUGUGGUUUAAUCACACCCUCCUUUGGCGUAAAGUCCGACGGCAGCACGGCCAGGUGUCCUGCCCCCGCCCGCCCCGUGCCUCGGGUCCACCCGAAAGACGAGGACUCGCUGGUGCAAAUGGCGGAACACUACCCUGCCGGGACUCGCACGCCCAUGUGUGGCCACUGCAAUAAGGUCAUCAGGGGACCGUUUUUGGUAGCAAUGGGCAAAUCGUGGCAUAAAGAAGAAUUCAAUUGUGUCCACUGCACCACAUCCCUGGCCGACAUCGGCUUUGUGGAAGAGCAAGGCCACGUUUACUGCGAACACUGCUACGAAGACUUUUUUGCGCCGACGUGUAGCCGCUGCCAGGCCAAGAUCUUGGGGGAGGUGAUUAAUGCUCUCAAGCAGACGUGGCACGUCCAUUGCUUCCUGUGCGCUUCCUGUCAACAGCCAAUCCGAAAUAACACCUUCCACCUGGAGGAUGGCGAACCUUACUGUGAGCAAGACUUCUACAGUUUGUUUGGCACGGGCUGCCAUGGUUGCGAGUUUCCCAUCGAGGCAGGAGACAAGUUCCUUGAGGCGCUGGGCUACACGUGGCACGACAACUGCUUUGUGUGCGCUGUAUGUUCCAUCUCUUUGGAGGGACAAACUUUCUUCUCCAAGAAAGACAAACCUCUGUGCAAAAAACAUGCACAAACACAAAAAAUAUAGCUUUUUUUCCUCUCUGAUGGCUUUUUUAAAAAGAAGCAAUUUCUUUAUUUGUGUGUGUGUGGGGGGGGGG